AUGAAGACUUCAACUUUCCGAAUCGCUCGAGGAGCCGCUGCGGGCCUUCAAAAACGAGCCUAUACGCAGGCUACAACACCCCGGCAUCUUAUGACCAUUGCUGAUCUCACUCCUACUGAGUUCGCGAAUCUCGUUCGUGAUGCCAACACUCGAAAAAUUGCUGUCAAGGGCGGAGCUCCUGCUAGCUAUCUGAAUGCUGGCCUUGCCGGCAAGACUGUUGCUAUGAUGUUCAGCAAGCGCAGCACUCGUACACGAGUUUCUACUGAAGCCGCAGUAACAAUGCUGGGUGGCCAUCCCAUGUUUCUAGGCAAGGAUGACAUUCAGUUGGGUGUGAACGAAUCACUCUAUGACACCUCAAAAGUCAUAUCAUCCAUGACUUCCUGUAUGGUUGCCCGAGUAGGACCUCAUUCUGAUGUCGCUACUCUGGCCAAACACUCAAGUGUCCCUGUUAUUAAUGCUUUGUCUGAUGAUUUCCAUCCUCUUCAGACUAUUGCCGACUUCCUUACUCUCCACGAGACUUUCCCUUCAUCAAGCUCCAAGGGAGCUACUCUGGGUCUGAACGGUCUCAAGGUUGCCUGGGUUGGCGAUGCCAACAACGUUCUUUUCGAUCUCGCCAUUGGAUGCGUCAAGAUGGGUGUUGAUAUUUCAGUCGCUGCUCCCAAAGGAUAUGAGAUCCCCGAAACUAUGAGGCAGCUCAUCACCUCCGCUGGCGACGGUGUUUCCUCGCCCGGUAAGCUUAUCGAGACUAACGUUCCUGAGGAGGCCGUCAAGGAUGCCAAUGUUCUGGUCACGGAUACAUGGGUCUCCAUGGGCCAGGAAGCUGACACCCAGAAGCGUCUCAAGGACUUUUCUGGAUUCCAGAUCACAAAUGACCUUGCUAAGCGAGGAGGUGCUAAAAAUGACUGGAAAUUCAUGCACUGCUUGCCUCGCCACCCUGAGGAGGUUGCCGAUGAGGUCUUCUACAGCCCUCGAUCUCUAGUUUUCCCCGAGGCCGAGAACCGUCUCUGGGCUGCUGUUUCCGCUCUUGAAGGCUUUGUUGUGAACAAGGGUAAGCUUUAA